AGCCCUAGGUUAAAGCGACGCCGCCGCCGCCAGCCGUCCGCCUCGCCUUGCGACUCCUCCGCCAGGGCCUGGUCCUCGUCCUCCUCCUUAUCCUCGCCUCCACCCGCGCACAGAUCUCCGCUCCUUCUAGCUAGCUAGGGUUUUUGUCAGCAAUGGCGAUCAAGCGGACCAAGGCGGAGAAGAAGCAGGCGUACGACCGCAAGCUGUGCCAGCUGCUGGACGAGUACACCAAGGUGCUCAUCGCCGUCGCCGACAACGUCGGCUCCAAGCAGCUCCAGGAGAUCCGCAGGGGCCUCCGCGGCGACUCCGUCGUGCUCAUGGGGAAGAACACGCUCAUCAGGCGCUGCAUCAAGGUGCACGCCGAGAAGACGGGCAACAAGGACUUCUACGAGCUCAUGCCGCUCCUCGUGGGUAACGUUGGACUCAUCUUCACCAAGGGUGACCUCAAGGAGGUCCGCGAGGAGGUCGCCAAGUACAAGGUUGGGGCUCCUGCUCGUGUUGGGCUGGUCGCCCCUAUUGAUGUCGUUGUCUCCCCUGGUAACACUGGCCUGGAUCCCUCCCAGACCUCUUUCUUCCAGGUGCUUAACAUCCCCACCAAGAUUAACAAGGGUACUGUGGAAAUUAUCACCCCUGUGGAGCUGAUUAAGAAGGGUGACAAGGUGGGCUCAUCCGAGUCCGCCCUGCUUGCCAAGUUGGGUAUCCGCCCGUUCUCGUACGGUCUUGUGAUCACCAAUGUCUAUGACGGUGGGUCGGUCUUCAGCCCUGAGGUGCUCGACCUGACUGAGGAAGACCUGGUUGAGAAGUUUGCCACUGGUGUUUCUAUGGUCGCCUCUCUUUCCCUUGCGCUUUCAUACCCAACCCUUGCUGCUGCGCCCCACAUGUUCAUCAAUGGGUACAAGAACGUGCUUGCUGUUGCUGUGGAGACGGAUUACUCGUACCCGCAUGCUGACAAGAUCAAGGAGUACCUGAAGGACCCCAGCAAGUUUGCAGUUGCUGCCCCGGUUGCUGCUGCAGACUCUAGCGCUGCCUCUGCUGCCGCCCCCAAGGAAGAGGAGAAGGAAGAGCCUGCUGACGAGUCCGAUGAUGACUUGGGCUUCAGCCUGUUCGACUAGGCGAGCUUUGUAUCGUCAAGCUGCAAGUUUUGGCUUUACUUCAUGGACACCGUACUUUUACCUUAUUUAGCUUAUCAAUUUUUUUUUUUUGCUAGACAACAACUAUGCUGGCCUUAGUGUGUAAUCGACAAUGUUAUCGUUAUGUUAAGCACUUGUGUUA